AGGUCGAAGAAGCAGACCGAAUUCGGCGAUUUCCAGGGGGGGCGGCCGCAUGCGGGGGGCUCUUCGCAGCAGGCCCCCUGGCGUUUCAACGAGACGCUGACGUUCACCUCCAGCGUCGCCGACGUGCUCGGGGCUGGGAUCCAGGUGUGGAUGCAGGCGCAAAGCGACGUCCGGCUGGGGCCGCUCCAGGUGAACAUGUCGCGCCCCCGCAGCGUCGGGAUGUGCAGCGUGGACUUCCAGAAGCGCGUGCUCCCCGCGUUCGCAGCAAAGGGCUCCGCCGGGUCGGACGCUGGUACCCCGAGCAGCUCGCAUCAGUGGGAGACGCCCGUCCUCAGCUUCCCACUCACGUACGUCGGCGGGGGGGACUCUGAUCUCUCUCUGGGGGCGGUGGUUGGCAGCAUCAACCUCUCGUUCGGCGUAGAUGCGGACCCGGCCGAGAUCCAGCGCGUCGCGGACGCCUCCACGAAGUCCCUGCUGCAUCGGGUGGCGGGCCCUAUCAAGGAGUGGGUGGAGAGCGCGGACCCCGCAAGGUGGGCAGAGGAGGCUGGCGUGACCGCAAGUUGCGACAUGAUCAGGGAGAAGUGCCGGCAGAUGGACGUCGGGGCCCUCGUGGACGCUUCUGGGUGCGACACGGUCAAGGAGAGGUGCCGGCAGGUCGGCACCGAGGCGCUCGCGGACGCUGCCCGCUGCGACGCGAUGAAGGACCGGUGCCGCCAGGCCCAGGCAGGCGCGCUCGCGGAGGCCGCGGGCUGCGACGUGGUGCGGGAGAGGUGCCGCCAGAUCGACGCCGCCGCGCUCGCGGAUGCGGGGUGCGAGCUCGCCGGGCACAGCCGCCCGCCCCACCGCAUCGAGAACGGCUCGCCGCAGCGGCGCGCCACUCCGCCAGCGGGCGGCCCCACCGCCCUCGGCGAGAAGGCGCGCCCACCGGCCCACCCGCUGGGCUCCGACGGGACGGCGGCGCCCGCACGCUCGCCGAGCGCCUCCUCGCUCUCGUCCGGGUCGUCCUCGGGCAGCUCCGCCGCGCCCUCGCCGGCGCGGCCAUCCGCGGUGGCCGGCGCCAGAAGGUCCGGAGGGGCGCCAGCCGUGCGCCGCUGGCACCGCCCCGCUAAGUACCCGUGAGCAUCUGGCAGCCGCCGCUCCCGUCGUCGCGCCCCCAGUUUACGUCUACGCAACGCCAUCGGCAACGCCCGCCGGCGUCCCCAGCAGCGCCAGCUUCGUCUCGGCAACGCCCGCGGGCGCCCGCAGCAGCGCAAUCCUCGCCACAGGAGGCGCGACUGCCGCCGCGGCUCGGCUCGCGAAUUCAUCGGGAGGGGGUGGCUGUAGUAUCACCAGCGCGGCGGCACCCUCUCCGCCGACCCGCUCGGCGUCGCAAGAGGUGGCUUGCCAGUCGGAGAGCAGGGCCUAGUGACGCGAUCGAGGCCGACCGCUCCAAC